UUUAGAGUAGUUAUAAAUAACUGCCUGUCGGCUCUUUACAACCAGUCAAAACAAACAAACGAAGAGCUCCUCGAUGCUGUUAAAUAAGAACCUUACGAACCAAAAUAUUAUUUUACUUCCAGAAAAAAAUCUGUAAAUGAAAAUAGGUAUUUCAUACCGAUAUCUUAUUCAAGAAGCCUGAAAUACGCAAAGGAAAGAAGAGAACGAAAGAAAGAAGGGAAAGAAAAGUGUGAAGAAGCAUUAGAUGAUAAAACCAGCAAGAACAUGUAAAAAAAAAAUAAACACUGUGACAGAAAUUUAUUGGGUUCUUCAACCUUCCUUACCCUCUGAAAUACGGCGAAUUUAUGUAUUUUAGAAGAGCAUCGUCUUUUAGUUUUAUGUCUUUAUCGCUAGCAACUAAAUAAACUGACCCCCUACCCACCAUUUCCGCAGUGUGUUGUCAUUUGAGAUUAGAAAAAGCCCAGCACAGUGAGUGAAAUUAGUAACUGAAACAUUGUAAUUAUAUAUAUAUAUAUAUACACACAAAUAUAUUGAAAAAAAAAUUAUUAUAAAAACAAGUUAACAACAACGACAAGAGCAGCCGUUUAUUUCCCGCUGCCUGAACAAGCAGAUAACUGUUGACUAAUAGGCACACAGUAACAACAACCCCAAAAAUCAUAAUAGUCAGUAACUUAAAAAAAUAAAGAAAAACUGUGUAGACGCUGUCUUGAUAACAUUUAUCCAAAAUGUUCUCCUCAACUAAAUGUCUGUGGAUAACUCUCUUACAAGUGGUGUAUUAUUGUCAACCAGGCUUCACCGUUCCUUUGCCCCCAUCAGACAUUGGCAAGAAUUACCAAAUUAGUAAAGAAGGAAUUGGUAUAAUAGGGCCAUACAGCAAUAAAUCAAUUGACCAGCUGAUUACGGGAGCACUCGGUGGAAUCGGAAAGGCUGCCAACAGCAUUGUCGGUGCAAAUGGAUCGAUCCUUGCUGAACUGGAUAUGAUGUUGAAUAUUGAGCAGUUCAACGAUUUGUAUGAAGUUCCAAACACAGAAUCGGAACCUAUCCGCAAAAGGCGAAAAGCAGUUCGCAACGAUAAGUUUCGCUGGACAAACGGUAUCAUCCCUUACGAACUCGAUCCAUAUGAUUUCUCGGUAAAGGACUUUUAUUUCAUUAAACGCGCCUUAACUGAAUGGGAAAGAUACACUUGUCUCAAGUUUGUGCCUGCAAGACAGACUGACAAAAACAGAAUUCUCUUUAGACACGGCAGUGGAUGUAAUUCACAACUGGGUAUGGUCGGAGGCGUGCAAGCCGUAAAUUUGGAUGCUAAUGGUUGCCGUUAUAAAGGACUUUAUCUACACGAAGUUGGUCAUGCCGUAGGUCUUGUUCAUGAGCAUCAGCUACCUGAUCGUGAUAGGCACAUUAAAAUUAUUUACCAAAAUGUCUUGCCAAGCAUGAGAAUCUGGUUUAACAAAUACUCUAAAGGUGUUAUCAAUAGCAUGAAUGUGCCAUAUGAGUUGUCGUCAGUCAUGCACUAUGGAAUUACAGCUUUUUCAUAUGAUGGAAAAUCUCAAACCAUUUCCGCGCUAGACAAAUCUCGAGAAGACGAAAUUGGAAGAGUAUAUCAAAAAGAAUUAGCGUAUAGUGAUGUGGAAAUAGUGAACAAAAUGUACAACUGUAGAGCACGUUGUCCGGAUAAGGAUAACAUCAAAUGUCUGAAUGGUGGUGUUCUUGACGAAAACUGCAAAUGUAUAUGUCCAGAUGGUUCUCAAGAUUGUCGAGAGGGCGCUACUGUCGAUGCGAAUUGUAAGAAUAAACACCGCGGCUGGCCUUGUUCCAUCUGGGCAAACCAAGGAGAAUGCGAACGGAAUCCGGCAUUUAUGGAAGAUUACUGUCGAAAAUCCUGCGGUCUGUGUGGGGAGAAAGCAGAUGUAAAGCAGGGAAUUACUGAGGAAGAUUUCGCAAAACAACUUUAUUUAUGGCUUGGAUUACAGACACACCUCGCUCCCGAAGUCUGGAAAGGCUCAUCAACUUGUAAGAACGUUUACCUUGAUGGAAAAUGUGACACAUGGGCUGCGAAUGGAGACUGUUUAACAAAUCCUAAAUGGAUGAACAAAAAUUGUGCAAAGAGUUGCAGUUCGUGUCCUGAUACGCAACGACCUAGCUGUAAAAAUACGUACCUAAAUGACGAAAAAUGUGGCCAGUGGGCCUUGGAAGGUGAAUGCCAGUUAAACAACGUAUGGAUGGAGCAAUAUUGUGGUCAUUCUUGUAGAACAUGUGACAAAGUUACCGGUGGCGGCGGUACAGAUGAGGAAUAUGAUGACUGCAAAGAUUCCGAGCAAUAUCGAGAUAAGUGCCCUGCCUGGGCCCAAGCAAAUCAGUGUGCAAUAAACCCUAAAUUUAUGAUACCACACUGCCGAAUGUCCUGCAAGAAAUGCCAAACAAAAGGUUGUGUGAACUUAUACAAAGAUAAUAUUUGCGACUUGAAGGCACAAGGUGACCAAUGUGAAUCUAACAAAGAAUUCAUGAGGAAAAACUGCAGAAAGUCUUGCAAACUUUGUAGUGAAGGUGAAAUUGAACAUGAUAAGAAAACCACAGUCUAUGUUGAACCAACGACAUCACCAACUACAAAAAGCAAUCCCUACAAUUGCUAUGAUACCCACACUAACGUAGAAGAUUGUAAAAUGUGGCGUGACAAUAACCAUUGUAACAUUAAUCCUGAUUGGAUGGCUAGACAUUGUCGUAAAUCAUGUGGUUUCUGUAGUGAUUCAGGAAGAACUACUACCACAAGCAGUUCUUGUCAAGACAAUGAUGCUGGAUGUGAAGAAUGGGCAAAGCACGAUAUGUGUACUACAAAUGCUCGUUAUAUGUUGGUUCAUUGCCGGAAGUCAUGUAAAACUUGUGGAGGUUGUGAAGAUGAUAAUCAGUUAUGUGCAGCAUGGGCCAAAGGACAUCACUGCAACAAAAAUGCAGGCUACAUGUUACGGCAUUGCAGAAAGUCCUGUAAUGCUUGUUAGAAGUCAAUGUUCGAGGGGUACUCAUUAAAGAUUUCCCCUUACCCACUUCCCAAGGACUGGGAUAAACAAAACUUGGCAUAAUUAUUAGUCCUUCUCUACAUAGCCACCAUCAAUGGUGACACACUUUUCCCAUCAUUUUAUGCAGCUGUGAAGACUCAUCUAUAGAAGUCAGUAGGUUAUGUUUGGUGCCAAGGCUUUACCUCAGAAAUAAGUUUAUCAUAAUCUGAAACGUACUUCCCCUUCAAAAAAGUUCAUGGUUGGAAAGAGGUGGAAGUCAAAUGGUGGAAGGUUGGGAGAGUAAGGGGGAUGAGGAAAGAUUCCAUAUCUACAGGAGUAUGCUUUCUUCUGAGCAACAUGCACAUUGGGAACCGGGGCAUUGUAUUGGAGGAGGUGGAGUCCUUUGGUCAGCAUGCCAUGCCUAUCUGCUUUGAUGGCAUCUCAGCAGAGAAGCAUAAUAUGUGGUGCCCUUUGCCAGAAAAUCCAUCAUCACUACUUCAUGCAGGUCCCAAAAGACUGUGAGCAUCACCUUGCCUGCUGAGGGUUGGACACGAGCUUUCUUUGGAGGUGUGAGUUAUCAUGAUUCCAUUGCUUUGACUGGACUUUAGUUUUAGGAUCAUAGUGAUGGACGACGAUGGACGACCCAUGUUUCAUCCUGUGUGAUAAGUCUGCCAAAAAAGUCCUCCUUGUUUUCUUGGCACAUUGCCAAAAGAGCCUGGGAGCAAUUGAUUCAUUCCUGCUUCUGAAAAGGUGUGAGCAUACGGGGAAUCCAUCAUGCAGACAACUUCUGCAUGUACAAAUGGUCAUGAGUGAUUUUUUCCAAUGACCCUACACUUAUCUUCACUUUUUGGGCUAGUUGCCAAACACUUAUGCAGCAAUCCUCCAAAAUGAUGGCUUCAACUUUAUGGUUGGUGUUGUCAUCAAAGGCAGAACAUGGUUGUCCAGAAAUAGGAGCAGUUUCCACUGAUGUCUGACCACAUUUCAACUGUCGAUGCCAGUGCUUGACUACGUCGUAUGAUGGUGCAUUAUCAUGAUAAACUUUUUUCAUCAAAAGUCUCUGUUGGUGCAGGACGUUUCAAGUAUAAGAACCUGAUCACUGAUCUGCAUUCAACUGCCUCCAUUAUAACACCUUAGUCCACUUCAACAGCCAUAAAUGACAAACGAAUUCUAGUGGAAAGCUGCAGUUUACAAUGCAACAUAUAAAGACAUGUAUAAUUAUGCCUGUGCAAGUUCUAUUUUCUGCAAUAAACAGAAGUGGGUCAGAGGAAAUCGUUAAUGAAAACCCCUCAUAUCAUUGACAAAUA